AUGCAAUGCCGUCUCCGAAGCUAUCAGAUAACGGUGUUAGAGCUGCCUUCUCAAUCAAGUUCUGAAGGACAAACCAAUAAUUGCUGCCCUUUGGGUAUUGAGGGUUUGCCUGACCUAGGAGAAAUUUAUCCUCUUGGAGGCUCAGCAGACCGGUUUGGCUUGGUAGACCCUGAGACAGGGGAAUGUCUUCUUGCUGUUAUGCUUCCUUAUUGUAGACGAACUUUAAUGGAAGGUCUUAUAAGAGAUCUUCAGUUUGUAAUUAUUUUGUCAAUGGUCAACCCCUUGUUCCAACUGCAUUUCAAAUGGUUCCACGAUCAUGGAAGAAAUUGUGCAACUGUUCAGCAAAAAAAGCUAGCAUUGCCUUCAUAA